UUAAAACAAACAGAAAAAUAUUAAUAAAUGUGAAAAUGUCACACAAAUCCAAUCCACUAAACUUAAACUAAACCCCAACACAGACACAAACCUUAAAAAUAAAAAAAAUAAAAAUAAAUAUAAAUACAAAAAAAAUAAAGGUAAUAAAAGAGAGAGACCCCCUGAGGACCAUGUACUCCAACCAAUUUGCCUACACCCGCGAGCGUCGUCGCUUUGGACAGCAAUGUCUCUUCCAGGACCGCAACGAGCUGAUGGUCAGCAUCCAUCCCAGCGGCAAGCAGCGCCUCAAGUACAUCCUGCGCAAUCCCAUAGCCAUGUCCACCCAGCUGAGCAACCAGACGGCGCUGAGCGUGAUGGAAACGGAGAAUGUGACGUACGAUGAGCGCGGAUUGUAUCACUACGAGGGCGGGUGGCCCAAGGAGGUGAACCCCCUGGAUGAGGAGCAGACGCAGCGCCAUCGCAAGAAGGUGGAGCGCGACGAUAGCUGGGGCGAGCAGGUCCUCGAGAUGAUCAAGAAGAUGAUGGGCGUGGUUGAGCAGAAUAAUGCCCUCAAUAUCUAUCAGAAUUUCUUUGCCGACUUGCCGCCCGAACUGGGCUAUGACCUCAAGUUGCCCUUCAAGGCGCGCAUCUUGAAUGUGUUCCAUGAUCUUUGGCUGCCUGCGAGGGUGAUGACCUCCAUUGAAUGGAUGCCCAACAAUAAUCGACAGUUUAUGGCUCAAUUUACCAAUCAACCGAUGACGUCUUCCAGCGGCGGAGACGCCGAACACCAAAGCAAGAUCAAGCAGCGAGUCCGUCUCCUAGCUGAAGAGCCAAUUGGCAAUGAGAAUGGUUUUUAUAUUUGGGACGUUAAGAAUCCGCUGAGGCCGCGCAUUACCUACGACUGCCACGAGCCCGUCCAGCUGGCCAAGAUCUGUCCCAAGGACGAGGCAUACAUGGUGGGUGGCACCCAUUUGGGGCAGGUCUGCCUGUGGAAUACCUUCAGGGGUGGGCAGCCGGUGCGCUCAUGCCCCUUGGAGGUGUCCCACCGGGAGGAGACCUCUGCCCUCUGCUGGGUCCACUCCAAGUCUAACACGGAGUUCUAUUCGGGUUCGCUGGAUGGUUCCAUCAAGUACUGGGAUACCAGGGAUCUGAAGAUGCCACUGCAGGAGCUGCUGCUUGAACCGGAACCGCAGGAGCCGCAGUCCAGGAUGAAUGCACAUGGGGUAACGGUGCUGGAAUUUGAGUACACCAUUCCGGUGCGGUUUAUCAUCUGCAGCGACAUGGGCUAUGUCUUUGUGGGCAAUCGCAAGGGGAUGACUCCCCAGGAGGCUCUCAUUAACCACUAUCCUUUGUUUGCCGGCCCCAUAAGGAGCAUCAAUCGGAAUCCGUUUUUUGUCAAGAACUUCCUGGUCAUUGGGGAUUGGCGAGCUCGCAUCUGGUCGGAGGAGGCUAAGGAUGGCCCGAGUACCAUGUAUUUUCGGAAAAGGAAUCAAAUUAUGUGCGGAGCCUGGAGCACGGGAAGGUGUUCCCUGUUUGUGACCGGGGAUAUCAAGGGUGUCUUGGAUUUCUGGGAUCUGCUGCUGCACCAGCGAAAGCCUAUACUCUCCAUAGACUUUAGGGUGCCCAUCAAGAGUGUGGUCUUUCGUCCGGAUGGGGAUCUGCUGGCCGUUGCUUUGGAGAAAGGAGACACGCAGAUCCUAACACUGGACGAGGCCAUGCGCACGGCCACUGGCAAGGAGAAGGCUUUAAUUGCAGCUAUGUUCGAGCGUGAGAUCUCGCGCAGCAAAAUCCUGGAAGCUCGCGUCGAGGAGAUGAAACUAAAGCGUCGCACAAUGCUUCAGGCCGAGGCAGCGCGUCAGGGCCAGGACGGUGUUCCUGAUCUUGACCUCGAUCCCGACAAUCCCGAUCAGUUUCUCAUGAUGAUCGAGAGCGAUCAGGAGUUCCGCAAGGCCAUCAAGGAUUUCCAGGACGAGCUGAUCAGCGUGGAGCGAAAGCGAUCCAAGCGCACUGUCAUCAUGGAGCGCACUGUCUUCGAGGCACCAGAACUGAACGAGGACAGAGAGUCCAUGUUCUUCCCAAGGCAGCAGGUUCCAAUUCGAAGUCAGGAUAAUAAGAGCAGGCAAUCAGUGGAUCAAAGAAAAUCGAUUAUCUCCAAUUAACAAACUUAAAAAGAAGACAGUAGUCUUUAAAAGUCUCUCUCUUAUUUACUUUGAAAAUUAAUUAAAAAUUGAGCAAAAUUUAAUAAGUAAUUACAUUGCCUACCACCUAUCGAGUUGCCC